GCGGAAGUUUGGUCUGUCAUGGCGGCGGUAAAGAAGAAGUGUUGUUUUUGAAGUGUUGUGCAGAAAACAGCGGGUUUUAUCCGGCGCAGGCCCGACAGACGCUGCUCACGGGCGAGGUUUUUAUUGUAAACCGUCAACAUGGGCUGUGAAUAGCGGUCAUAGCUGCGUGUGACCAGGAAAGAUUCGGAGAAAGAGGAAAGAAGCGCCAGCCCUGACUCAUCCUCCCAGCGGCAGUCAUGUCUCUGGGCGAGCCCACAUCGGACUCUGCGCCGUUCUUCUCUGAUGACAGCGAGGCGGAGGGUCCGGACGAACAGGGCGGGGCGGCAGGUCAGAGGUCGCAGGGGGAGCCGCCCAGCGGGGUGUCCAGAGUCCGAGCCCUGCUGACCGUCUUCAUCCUCUGCUACAUCAACCUGCUUAACUACAUGGACAGGUUCACCGUGGCAGGUGUCCUCCCUGACAUAGAGCAUUAUUUCGGGAUUGAUGAUGGGAAAUCUGGCUUACUCCAAACUGUUUUUAUCUGCAGCUACAUGUUCCUGGCUCCGUUCUUUGGCUACCUGGGCGACAGGUACAACAGGAAGUUCAUCAUGAGUUUUGGAAUUGCAUUCUGGUCCUUGGUGACACUCGCCAGCUCCUUUACCCCGAGAGAACAUUUCUGGGCCCUGUUGUUGACUCGGGGCCUGGUCGGAGUUGGGGAGGCCAGUUACUCCACCAUCGCUCCCACCAUCAUCGCUGACCUCUACGUCAAAGGGAAGAGGACAAACAUGCUCUCUGUCUUUUAUUUCGCCAUUCCUGUGGGCAGUGGUCUUGGAUACAUCGUGGGGUCUCAAGUCAGUAACAUAGCGAAGGACUGGCACUGGGCUCUGCGGGUGACUCCAGCGUUGGGGCUGAUCGCAGUGUUGCUGCUGCUGUUCGUGGUCCAGGAGCCUAAAAGAGGAGCCAUCGAAGCUCGACCGGAGCAUCACCUGCACCAGACCAGCUGGCUGACAGACCUGCAGGCCCUGAGCAAGAACUACAGCUUCGUGUUGUCCACCUUCGGCUUCACAGCGGUGGCGUUUGUCACCGGCUCUCUGGCUCUCUGGGCUCCAACGUUCCUCUUCAGAGCAGCCAUCUUUAAUGGCGAGAAAACGCCGUGUAUGGAGGGACACUGCGCGUCCUCUGACAGUUUGAUUUUCGGGGUCAUCACCUGCGUCACAGGCGUGCUGGGCGUGGCCAGCGGCGUGCAGGCAAGUCGACAGCUGAGGAAGAGGACGCCCAGAGCCGAUCCGCUGGUCUGCGCCGCCGGCCUGCUCCUCUCAGCGCCUUUCCUCUACCUGGCCAUCGUGUUCGCUCAGGCCAGCACCAUCGCCACAUACGUUUUCAUUUUCCUGGGAGAGACGUUCCUGUCCAUGAACUGGGCCAUCGUGGCUGAUAUUCUGCUGUACGUGGUCGUUCCCACGCGUCGCUCCACGGCCGAGGCUCUGCAGAUCGUCAUCUCUCAUCUGCUGGGAGAUGCUGGGAGUCCCUACCUGAUCGGAGUGGUCUCUGACUCUCUGAGGAGGACGGACUCCUUCCUCUGGCAGUUCCGGUCUCUGCAGCUCUCUCUGCUGCUCUGCUCCUUCGUGGCUGUGGUGGGCGGGGCGUUCUUCCUCGCCACCGCCCUCUUCAUCGAAAGAGACCGACAUCGAGCGGAGAACUACAUCUCUACGGGUGACGAGCCGAUCGUUGUGCCGAAAAGCGGCCGGUCCACCCGGGUACCGGUGUCCAGCGUUCUGAUCUGAUGAGGGUUUUUCUUCUGUUCAAGUGUUUUCUUGUGGACUGCGCACACCGAUCGGACUGUCUGCCAUGCAGAAAAAGUUUAUUUUAAAGUUUUUUGUCUACAUUACUUUUUAUACCUUUCUUGGGAACAUGCCAUCAUUUCAGGAGACAGGUUUAAAUUCUCUGUCCAGGUGUUAUUUUUUUUUAAGGUGAGCUCAGCGUGAGGUUUAUUGGGAAUGUUUUCAGAGCAGAUAUGAUGCUGAAACAAGAACCAGAGACUCUGAGGAGAAGCAACAGAAGCUGCUCUGUGGAUUGAUGGUCAGCAGCCUGUGACCCGACCUGAUCCUUCUUACCUUCAGUGGGACUCUAAAGCAGCUGACCUGGGAUCAGCCACAUCCAGAAAACAUCAAGACACUAUGAUGCAUAGUCUCUGUAUAACCACAACCAAAAACAGGCUCCCAAGCCUUGAGUGAGUUUAUAAACACGACAAGCUUUUAAUAAUCAGUUUGCUUAAUCACAUGUUUGUAUAUGUUUGAGCUAGUUUUAAUAGUAACACUAACCUUCUUACUGUUCAUUAAAUGCAGGAAGCAGAAAUUGGGAAAACUGUUUGAUCUGUCAGGAGCUUGAACAGUCUUAUUACCUCUGUACCUUUUUAUUCACACAUUCAUCUUUAUUCAUUUAUUCAUUACUGUAGAUUUUAAUCCGUUUUUGUUUGUUUGAAGUGUUUCCACUGUUUACAGGACAAAGUUUUAAAGAGCUGGGACAUUUUAUUUCAAGACGCAGCUCUCUGGUCGUCUCUCAGUGUCAGGUUGGAGCUCAGUCUGGUUCAGAGCAAUUCACCAUGUUGACCGAGGAGGACAAGCUAGUUUCAGUUUGUGUCCAGUGUGGACAGGUACAGCACACGCUGCAGGAAAUAUCGCAUUAACAGUAGUUAUUUAAAGAGACAAAAAAGCUUUUAAAUGAAUGUUAAUCAGUUUGUUAACCUCAAAUUAUUUUAGCAAAUCUUUUUUGUGAACUAUUAAAUAAUAAUUAACCUGUCA